CAAUUAUUCAGUAAUCCUACAACUUCUUAAUAAAUUACAUGUCUCUCCAAACUCAGUGUUACCCUUUUAUUUAAGGGUCAUCAUCUCCAGCCUCUAUAAACAAUUGUUUUUACCACUCUACUCUUCACACCUUGCCUAGCACAUAAUGUAUGCUCAGUAAAUACAUGUUGGAUAAAUAAACUCUAGUCUUGUUCCCCUCUUGCCUUUCCAUAUAGUAACCAGAAUGAAGUUUUGUUUUUUUUUUUCCUCAGCGCUGGCCACCAAACCCAGGUAUUGCACAAACUAGGAAAAGAAUUCUAUCACUGAGCUAUGUACACUCCCAGACCCAGUGUGUGAUUUUAAAAAUAUAUCCUAUGUAUCACUUCCAGCUUCAGACCCUCCCUGACUUCCCUUUGCACCAUGAAGCCCAUCCAUUAUUAAGCCUGGCCAAGCUCUCUGAAAGCAUCUGGAAUUACUAACUCCACUCCACCUACUUCCUUUUUCUUCCUCAAAUAUUCCAAGUGUUUUUCAACUUCAAGACCUUUGUACUUAUUAUUCCCUCUGGCUGCUGUGCUUUUCCAGGUUCUUAGCAUACUGGCUCACUCCCAUUCUCAGCUUUAGGUAAAAUGUCACUUCUUUGAACAAGCCUUCCUGGGCCACUGACCACCUCACCAUGGUUAAAGACAUCUGCCCCUCAUCAUUACCUUGUUUACUUCUGUUCAAUGUGUUUAUCAUUCUCUGAAAUUACCAUAUUGUGUUCAUCACGGAACACAAGCACCUAUAAUAGUGUCUGGCACAUCUUAAGCACCCUAUAAAAAUCCGUUCUGUGAGCAUAUAAGAAAAAAUUCUUUCCGACCUUUUAUUUUUAUCUACUCAUUCAUAUGUAAAAGAGUGUUUUAAUUCCAAAUAAAAUCAGUUCAAGCUGAAUAAAAAUGUUGGAAUGUCCUUGUUAAUACAGAAGCAAUUAGGAAGUGAAGUUGCUUUACCAUCUGCUACAGCUUACUUGUGCCUUGUUCCUCUGAGGCACUAACCUGAGGUAUGAGGGUCUCAGUGAAGCCUGCCCAAGCAUCGACCCCUCCACCUCCUGGUAAUGAUCCAUCUUACCUGGCUCACCUGUUUCCUUUUCUCAUGCUUAUUCUUGGCUAACCUACCAAACAAUUUACAUAUAAUUAUUGUUUGUUGCCUAUCUGCCAGCUCCCACACCACCCAGAACCAUUGCACAUUUAAUGAAGGCAAGGAUUCUAUUCUAUUUUUUUCUGGUACAAUUUGUUCAACCAGUUGUGGAAUGAAUGAAUGUCUCAAGAAGAGAAAGAAAUCUGGGAAAAUUUUGAGUUCUCUCUUCCUCCAAGUCUUCCCAGAUUAAGGUCACCGCCACCUUGGCACAGUCUAUUUAAGACACAUACAAAAUCUUCACAAGAUGUUUACUGGUUUAUACAUCCUCAGAAUGAUUUUACAUGUAUGUGUAUAAACCCAUUCUUCUGUGUGCCUGUUGAUGUUUUGUAUGUGUGAGAUCCUUUGUUCAACCCCACAGCUUGCAUAAGGAAUUUAGCUUAAUAUUUGUGAUAUGAUAGGAUAAAAUCUGAUGAAGUUGAGCCCCAUCUUAUGGAGGCUAUUUCGUCUGUAAGUGAAGACUGCCUUUUCUCUUUCCUGAAGAAAAGUCUGACAGUCUUUUAAAUGAUGGACUAAGCUCUGCCCUUAAAUUUAUCUUCAAGAAGGUACUAGAAGGGCUGGGGAUGUGGCUCAAGGGGUAGCGUGCUCACCUGUCAUGCGUGCGGCCCAGGUUCGAUCCUCAGCACCACAUACAAACAAUAAUGUGUCCGCCGAAAACUAAAAAAUAAUUAUUAAAAAAAUUCUCUCUUUCUCUAAAAAAGAAGGUAAUGGAAGAAGAGCAGAAUAUAAGAUUAUUAACUAUUAUGCCUUUUUGGGAGAAGAACCACCUCAAAAUCUUUCCAAAUUAGCAGCUAUAAUUUUCUUUUCAAGUUUUCUUGGGAUCAUGAAAUUAAAAUAUUCUAUUCUUACAUUUUUGUUUUUUGGUUUUUUGAUUUUUUUUUAUAAGCCUUAUCAUCUUCCUGAAAUCUCUUGACCCCAGUCCCUCAAAAGAUCAACAGAGCAAGAAAUAUAGCUCACUGGUAGAAUGUCUGCUUAGCAUGCUAGGCCUUGGGUUUGAUCCCCAACACCAAAAGAGAGAAAGAGAGAAAAGAGGGAAUUUUUUUUUUUUUUUUUUAAAGAAAGUAUAGUUAACUGGGGCUGGGGAAUAGCUCAGUGGUAAAGCACUUGCCUAGCAUGCACAAGGCCCUGGCCCUGGGUUUCAAUCAUCAGCCUCACAGAACAGUUAACUAUGUUCUUUUCUUUGAAACAACCAUGUUAGGGAGAGAAAUUAUUCCCUUUAGUUUGAAUAGUAGUGCUUCUAAAUUGCUUGGAAGUAGUAACAUAUGAAUCUUUGUAUAAACUUGUAUCUCUCUCAUUUAAAAGAAGAGAUGAAGGAAAGGAAUUAGCCCAUUAAUUAUUUAAAAUACUUGGUGCAACUGUUCCUAUGAAUUAAUCCAAGCACUUGGAAGACAAUUACACUCAGUAUUAAUAACUUUGCCAACCUUUUCCAGUAUGCUGCACUCCAAAUACCAUUGUGUUUUCAUUGACAACAUUCACUAUUACAUAUGCAUAUGAAAAACAGGUAUUUUCAUCAGAAUUACUGUAAUAGUAUUAAGAGAUUAUUAUUUUUUCCAAUUUCCUUGGAAGAAAAUUCACUUAAAUUAGAUUAUUUAUUACUUGACUGCUCUCCUAUCUUGCCUGUAUGUUUAAGUAACUGGAGUCCAUGGAAGUAUAAACUUCAGAAUAUAAAGCAUGAUUUUAUACAUUAAUGAUUUCAAAUAAAAGAGGAGGGCUAUUUUCCUGCAUCACUUCUUUCAAGAAAGUUAAAUCUGUGUUCUGCUUAGGAGAGAUAACACUUUUUGUCCCUGUAGGUGGCCCCCCUGGUGUAGCCAUUAGUUGCUAAUUACUUGCAAACAAAUAAACAAUUAACUCCUUAAGCUGCUGGCUGGGCAAGAGUUCAUUGACAUGCUAAAACUUUCUAAAACAAGAUUUUAAUUAGUGACGUUCUAAAUCCAGCCCCCUUGUCAGCGGAGCUAUAAGUUGAGCUGCAGGAAGAUUCCAGCCCUGUAUGCUUGGGGCCAAGCCAUCAGAAAGACCUGAGCUUUUGCACUGUAGCCCAUGAGAGGAUGUCUCCCAGCCUUCAGGAAGGUGCUCAGCUUAGGGAAAGCAAACCCUCACCUUGUUCCUUUUCAAUUGAGAGCAUUUUAGGACUGGACCAGAAGAAAGAUUGUGUUCCAUCCGUGAAACCUCACAGGCCCUGGGCAGACACCUGCAACUCCUCAGAGAAAGAUGCUAACCUAUGUCACGGCUCGAGUCUUCCCAAUGGGAUCUCGUUUCCUUGUAUGGUGGAUCACCUAAUGCCAGAAGAAAGAGCUUUGAAAUAUGAAAAUUACUUUUCAGCCUCAGAAAGAUUAUCUUUGAAAAAAGAGUUGAGUUGGUAUAGAGGCCGAAGACCUAGAACUGCUUUUACCCAAAACCAGAUUGAAGUAUUGGAAAAUGUCUUUAGAGUAAACUGCUAUCCUGGCAUUGAUAUCAGAGAAGACUUAGCUCAAAAAUUGAACCUUGAAGAAGACAGAAUCCAGAUUUGGUUCCAAAAUCGGCGUGCAAAACUGAAGAGAUCCCAUAGAGAAUCACAGUUUCUAAUGGCGAAAAAAAAUUUCAACACAAAUCUCCUGGAAUAGGUAGAAAACUAAAUAUGUGAAAUUAUCUUCCAAUUGCAGAUCAUGAGAAAUAAAUGCAAAUAUCAAGUGUUAAAAAUGUAAUGUUUUUUUUCCUGCAUUUAGUCUAAAUAUUAUCCUUUUUUUCCAAAAUGUAUUGUAAAUAAUUAUGAUUAUAGCAUGGUACACAUUAUAUUUGGACACUGUUAGUUACAAUAAAAGACCUUUCCUAUAUAUUUUAAUAAAAAUUUUCAGAAAAGCUAGCUAUUUUGUAAGUGAGCAAAGUUAAUCUGAUAAAUUAGUAUGCUAAAAUCAGUAAACUCCUGACUAAUUCCACAAGCUGGAUUCCAUUUACAGAGUAUUUCAAGUAAAAUAAUCCAAUCUACUUCAAUUAGUUUUCUUCAAACACAUUUGAAACAUGAUUAUGCUUAACCAUAUGAUAAAAUAUGAUUUAUUCAUGAA